AUGGCUUUACCCAGUUACAAACUUCCAACAGCAAUUUUUAACCAGCUGCACAAGGAAAUGAGGCUUGAGCAGCUCCAGGGUACCUGCACCCCUGCUCCCAACGGCAGUCACCAGUUAGAGGGGAAGGCACAGCCGCACUUCCCUCCAUCAGGAACAAGAGGAAGUUUUCCGAAGGGCCAAGAUUCCCCAGCUCCGAACUUUGAACACCCCCCCAAAACGCUGCUGGGUGCUCAGCUCCCCCGCGGGACGAGCCGUGCGCCUGGGCUGCAGCACCGGCUGAGAGCUCCCAGAGCUCCGGAGCUGCACAAGGGAAGCUCGGACGGUCGCACUCAGCUUUCCCUAGCAACCCGGCUCGGUUGGGCGGGUAAAGAACUCUGCCGUGCCCCGAGGCUGCUCAAAGAGCCCGCUGUGCCUCAGGCUGGCACGGAGCUGUUCUGGGGUGCGGGAUCACCCCGUGUUCAGAGCCGGAGAGCCGCGGAGCGGCACGGCCCGCAGCAGCUUUCCGUUACACGUUUAAAGCGGCCGGACCCCGCUUUCCCCGGCGGCGGGAGGGGCCGUCCAACGGCGGGAAAGGCUCCGAAUAACCACGAGCCCGGACACUCCCGCGGCCACAGGGCGAGGAGACCCCGGCCCUCCCCAGCCCAGCCGCCGUACAGGCCUCGGCGGCCCCGGAGCCCUCACCGGGAAGCACUGCGCGGGGCCCGCGGCCGCCUCAGGAGCUCUUCGCCGGCGGCGGAGAGGCGGCGGGAAGGGCCGGCACUACCAUGGAGAACCCGCUGCCGGGCCGAGGCGAGCAGCGGGACACUGCACCGGAGGCAGGAGACGCCGCCGAACUUCCGGGGCCGCCGCCCCGCUGCCCGCGGCUCCCCCAUUGGGCGAUUCAAACAGGCCACGUCCCGGCCUGCCGCCGCCGCGUCCCGCCCCGCAACCGGCGCCGUCUGCAUAGUGACGGAGAGCUCCUCCCGGGCUGCCGCCCCGAGCGAGAAGCGGCUCGGCCCUCCCGUGCCGCGUGCUGGCGCCCGAGGCUGA